AUGAGUCUCGCUACAGGACGCAAUGUGCAGCAAGUUUGCCGCCAAUGUCAGCUACGAACACGCUCCAAGGUUUUGUGUGUGGCGUUAUACUCAUCUCAGCGCAGUGACAGCACAACUCCAGAAAGCUCAGCCGGCAAUUUCAAGUCGAGCGAAAAUAAGCAAAAAAACUCAAAAGGAACAACCGAUGAAAACGAGUUGGGUCCGUUGGCCCGUCGCCUGCAAGAGGCCACGGAAGAGGCGCUCUACACUGGUGGUAGAGCCGGGCGGCAAGCAGUGCAAGAUGCUGGAUUUUCCGAAGAGCUGAAAGAAAGGCUCAUGAGUAAGAUUACGGAUGCCAAGUUCGAGAAUGACUUUGCUGGAGCGCUUGCUGAAGCUGGAAUCACAUCCAAAGGCCAGAAAUCGCAUGUCAGCUCCUUUGGCGCGCGGCACGCUUGGGCAGGGGAAGAACGGACCGAGGAUGCAGUGUUACGGAUGUUGGACGACGCAAAGAAGCCACUGAAACCGGAUUUACGGGGGAACCCCAUUGACACGCGGCUGAAGCGCGCACCAGUAUUGAGCCCUGGCCAGAGAGCAGCCUCGGCACGGGAUAAGGCAUCGGCGUACUCGGGACUCGGGAUGAAGGAAGGCCAGGGGCUCAGCGACAAGGAGAAAGACGAGAUGAAGAAGCAGUUUCGAGAACGGUUCCAACCUGAGGGCCGGAUUGGACCUGUCGCUAUUUCUGCCGUUGCCUCCAUGGCCAACGAGCGCAUCGAAAAUGCCAUUGCCCGCGGCCAGUUCAGGAAUAUACCGCGGGGCGUGGGGGUCGAGACCGACUCGAGUGCGAGUAGUAAUCCGUAUGUCGACACCACGGAAUAUCUCAUGAAUCGGUUGAUUCAGCGCCAGGCCUUGGUGCCUCCGUGGAUCGAGAAGCAGCAGGAGCUGGUGCGCGAGGCCAACAGUUUCCGCGCGCGGCUGCGUAGCGACUGGAAACGCCACGCGGCGAGGCUCAUCUCGUCCGAGGGCGGGUCCCUGCAGGAGCAGAUCCAGCGGGCUGAGCGGUACGCGGCGGCGGAGAAGCUGCACAAUCCGCGCCAGCGCGCCUCAGACCAAAUCGCCGUGUCGUCGGCCGUGACAGACGACCCCGUCAUGUCCAAGCAGCUCGAGCAGGUCGAGGAGCUCGAGGAGGUGGCCACCCAGGCCCUGGAGAGGGAUAUUGUGGCUGCUGGGCGGCCGUCGACGGCGGAUUUUGGGCAGCUCCCACCCCCGUUUCGCGACCCGGCGUGGGAGGCGGCCGAGGAGAAGUACAUGACGCUGGCGGUGGAGCGGCUCAACGACCUGGCGCGCAGCUACAACAUCUUGGCGCCGGACCUGGCCAAAAAGCCGUACUUUUCGCUGGCGAGGGAGCGGGCGGUGUGCUACGCGACGGUGGCGCCGUUACUGGCUGGCGAGAUUAAAAACAGGACGGCGAGGGUGCCGGCGUCACGGCUGGGCGGCGGCGGAGGGCAGGCUGCGAGCGGCGGCGGCGACUCGGGUAGUUUGGCGGGCAAGGGGGAUGCAAAGGUUCAUGUGGAGGGCAAUGAGAAGGCGUUUGGGCUGAAGGAGUGGUGGAGGGACUUUUGGAAGAAGUAG